AUGGCAGCCGUCGACUUGGCGGGCUAUCGCGACCGUUGGAAUCAGCUCGUGACAUACUCGUACACGGGUUCAGUAGCCGACAAAGCCAAUCUCGACUCGUCUCCCCUCAAUCCAAACUUUGAAGGCACGACGCACGCAACGGCAGCAGGAGACACGGGGAGUCGCACUCAUCGCAGUAGCAGCCACAGCUGCACCGACGUCCACGACGUCAACGACAUGUUUGUUGGCCCGUUCCUAGACUGUCUUCGGAAUAACCGCAUCGAGCCAAUGGUCCGUCUCUGGCAGCAGACUUGUCCGGGAGACAAAUUGGGAGGCUAUGGCCCCUUGCUCCACGGCUUUAUGGGCCGAUGUGUCCGCACCAACAGCCUCACGCCCUUUCAAAACGAAGAGGACGCUGACAAGGAUACUUCUAUUUUUUACUGGAAUUUGACGUCGAUUCUUCAGUACCGGUGGACUAUGGCAAUGCUGGCGCAGGACAUCUUGGCAUCCAUGGGUCUGGCUCCGCCCGGCCGUGCGAGCUGCCUCUUUUGGGAUCGGCGGACCUGGGAGAAGGAAACACCACGGGCGUUCGGCGUCACGGAGAGUGACUUUGAGGAUCGACACACGGCUGUCUGGCACGUGUUCAACCAGGAACGGAGCCCCCAGGAACAAAAUCUGAUUGCCUUGAUCGAGCCCGCGCCCGAACAAGGGCCAACUUUCUACCGAUUUAUAUUCUACAUCACCGCGGGCAUCGUCGAGGCUCUGUACCGCAACCCGACAGGCGAAAGCGACAUUGAAAUUCAAGAUCGAAUGGAGUCUAUGGGCCAAGCCGCUGCGGCUGAGAUGGAUUCGAUCGGAGAGGUGAUACCCACGGAGAUGUCGUGCAUGUAUCGGAGCAGAGGAACUGUGACAUCGAAAUCACCGUUGGCAUCGAAAAGGCAUCAGGACCUUACGGUAGGCUUACGGAAUUUUGAAGCGAAGGUCAUUGUACCCGUCAAUGAUGCGGCGACAGUCCUGCUGGAUGAGGUCGUCGCCGUAUACCAGCGCCGCGAUGUAGUCGCCGAUAUCUGA